AUGACUUCGGCGGCGGCAAUCGCUAUCGGACUGUCCGCUUAUUCCGUGCCCGCCUGGGCCGACAACACGCUGGACGUGGCAAUCAUCGGCGAAGCGGACACGCUGGACCCGAUGCUGUCGACCAAGGAUGUGGUCUCGAUCGUCACCCAGCAUUUCGUCGAAACGCUCUACACGUUCGACGCCAACUGGAACGUCGCGCCGCUGCUGGCGGUCGAUCUUCCCGAAAUCUCCGACGACGGCCGGACGUACCGGAUCGCAUUGCGCCAGGGCAUCACCUUCCAUGACGGCUCGUCGAUGGAUUCGGCCGACGUGGUCGCCUCGCUGCAGCGCUGGACCGAAAUGGCCUCGCGCGGAAAGGCUGUCGCCGACCGCAUCGAGGCCAUCGAGGCGAUCGACGCCAACACCGUCGAAAUCCGGAUGACGGAGCCCUACUCGCCGCUUCUGUCGCUGCUCGCCUUCUCCAACUCGGCCGCCGCCAUCUACCCCGAAGAGGUGCUGGGCGAAGCGCUCAGCGCCAUCGUGGGCACCGGCCCCUACAAGAUCAUCGAACAUGUGCCGGAUCAGUAUCUGCAGCUGGGCCGGUUCGAGGGCUACCAAGCCCGCGACGAGGAGCCGAACGGCCCCGCCGGCGGCCGUCUGCAGCUUGCCGACGAGAUCCGCUUCAUCCCCGUGCCCGAUCCGAACACGCGCGUGGAGGGUCUCCUGUCCGGCCAGUAUGACUUCGCCGACGGCCUGCCCGCCGAAUCCUAUGCCCGCAUCGACGAAAGCGAUGCGGCAGAGCCGGUUCUGCUGCGCCCGUUCGGCUGGCCGAUUUUCGCCAUCAACCACAAGGACGGGCUGCUGACCGAUCUCAAUGUGCGCAAGGCAUUGCAGGCCGCCCUGCCCCACGACGACAUGAUGUUCGCCGCCUUCGGCGACGACAAUUUCUUCAUCGUCGACGCGCCCAUGUAUCCGGAGGGAUGGACGUGGCGCAACGAUGCCGGCACCGAGCUCUACAACCAGAACGACCAGGCCCGGGCGGCCGAACUGCUCGAUGCCGCCGGUUAUGAAGGCACCCCGCUGCGCAUCCUGACCUCGCGCCAGUACGAGUUCCACUUCAAGAUGGCCGAGGUUGCCAAGAUGGCGCUCGAAGCGGCCGGCUUUGCCGUUCAGAUGGAUGUCGUCGACUGGGCAACGCUCGGCCAGCGCCGCAACGAUCCGGCGCUCUGGGACAUCUACAUCACUCACUCGCCGUUCCUCCCCGAGCCGGCUCUGACCAGCCUCUAUUCCGCCACCUCGCGGCUGGGCUGGGCAGAGCCGGACAAGGAGGCGACGCUGGCGGCCUUCACCACGGCCACCGACCAGGCCGAGCGCGAGGCGCUGUUCGCCGAUCUCCAGAAGGCGGUGUUCGAGGAUGUCGGCUUCAUCAAGAUCGGCGGCUUCAACGCGCUGCAGGGCCAGCGUGCAGGCAUGACCGGCGUCAACCCCUCGCCCUGGCGGCCUGCUGCGGGCCUCGAUGGUCCGCAGCUUACAGAGUGUGAUGCAGUGACCCGGUACAUCGUUCAACGCAUGGUCGGCAUGCUGGUGGUCGUCCUUCUGGUCCUGACCAUCGCGUUCGUUAUCGUCCGGCUGGCGCCCGGCGAUCCCGCCGCGCUCAUGCUCGGUCCCGAAGCGACACCGGCCGAAGCGGCCGAACUGCGCGAGCGGCUGGGUCUGAACGAACCGAUCCCCAUCCAGUAUCUGAGCUUUGUCGGCAACGCCUUGCGCGGCGAUCUGGGCACGUCGAUCUUCUUCAACCAGCCGGUCACCCGGGUGCUGCUCGCCCGUGCGGAGCCCACUGUCUAUCUGGCGCUUUUCUCGCUGAUCAUCGCGCUGAUCAUCGCCGUGCCGAUCGGCAUUUAUGCCGCCUACCGGCGCGGGUCCUGGCUGGACCAGACCGCCAUUUCGACGGCCAUGCUCGCCGCCUCGGUGCCCAGCUUCUGGACCGGCCUGAUGUUCCAGCGUUAUCUGGCGACCGAACUGGGCUGGUUUCCGGCGGCCGGCUAUGGCGGCCCCGAUGCCGACUUCUGGGUCCGCAUGGGCCAUCUCGUGCUGCCGUCGAUCGUUCUGGGGAUCGUCAAUUCCGCGCUGAUCCUGCGCUUCACGCGUGCCUCCAUGCUCGACGUUCUGGGCGAGGACUAUGUGCGCACGGCCCGGUCCAAGGGCAUGACGGAAUGGCGCGUCGUUCUGCGGCACGCGCUCAAGAACGCGGCCAUACCGAUCAUCACCGUCAUCGGUCUGACAUUCGCCCUUCUGGUAUCCGGCGCGGUCGUCACCGAACGUGUGUUCAACAUUCCCGGAAUGGGCAAUCUGGUGGUCAGCGCCGUGCUGCGGCGCGACUAUCCGGUCAUCCAGGGCACACUGAUCGUCGUGGCGACGCUCUAUGUGUUCAUCAAUCUUCUGACGGACCUGCUCUAUCUGCUCGUCGACAAGCGGGUGAGGUACUGA